AUGUCUAAAAGGGACGGAGCCGCAGAAUCGCAGAUGGGACGAGGAAUCGAAGAUAUUGCGCAGAGAACGCAGGACCAGUUUCUAGAUCUCGGAUCAAGGAUAGCAGCACUGCAACUAGUUGAAGAUUCGAAUCUGGCUAACAUCGAGAAAGAAGUGGAUCAGCCGAACAAGCAAAAUAUUUCAAAUAUCUUUCAGAAUCUUCAGAAUUCCGUCGAACACGAAGUAGCCCUCUUGAUGCGAGGGCUCGAAAAAUCCAUACGAGACGGAGUGUUUGCGCAAAUGAGCCAAGAGGACCCGGGAGCGAAAACGAACCAGGAGACACGCGAAUGGAAACCCCGCUUCCAUGGAGCAUACAUGAAGCUUCGUGAGAUCCGCCACGGACCUGGUCGAUUUGGACGAAACGGAUUCGUGUACCGGAUUCGUGGCACCUACUACUAUGUAGAGGAUUUCAAGUUUCCUGCCCCAACUCAAUCAUUGCAUGCAACAUUUCCGUGCAGUGGGUCUAAUUUGAGUCGAAGAAUAAUCCAUUUUGUGACAUGGAACGUGCACGGGACCCCUCCCGAAUCGUCGGACCAUCCGCUCGAGAGCGUGCUCGGUCUCUCCCCGGUCUCGCACGACUCAGACGGGGUGAUUCGUGCCGACUUGGCCGAUGAAAAACCUAAAGAGAAGGUGCCAAACCAUGACAUAAUUGUUGUUGGUUUACAGGAGAUCCCCACCAAGCCACAAGACCUCCUCAUGGAUGCAGUGUUUGAGGAUCCCUGGUCCCUGGCUUUCAGGAGGGUGUUGAAGCCCCUGGGCUACCUAAGGGUGAGGCGAAUCCGAAUGCAGGGGAUGCUGCUUCUCGUGCACGUGAAGGAGUGCCACCUCCUCCAAGUGCAGGACAUGGAAAAUGCCCUUACACGGACAGGAUUUGCUGGAAUCUGGGGGAAUAAGGGGGUGACUUCUGUACGAAUGACAUUGCGAGGGGUAUCGAUCUGCCUUGUCAACUCUCACCUCGCACCUCAUGACACUUUACUCCAACAGCGCAUUGCAAAUUAUAAUCAAGCCAUUGAGACUCAAACUUUCUCUUCUCCUCAGACCUCGUGUAUUCUGUUUCACGACUACGUCUUUUGGAUCGGGGACGUGAAUUCUCGGUUGGAGGGAUUUCCGACCCUUCCGGGCCAUCCGUUGCCCCCAGGAGAUCCUCCUACCUUGAGCAAAGAAGACAUCCUUCUUUGCAUUUCCUCUGGCGACCUGGCUUCCUUGCUCAUGCGCGAUCAGUUGCGUCUUUGCAUGGAGGGAGGCAUGGCGUUUUCAGAGUUCAACGAGAGACCUCCACUCUUCCCCCCCACUUACAAAUUUAUCCCUGGCUCUCAGUCCUAUGAUCCCACGAAGAGACCGGGAUGGUGUGAUCGGAUAUUGUACAGAGUUGUCGAGAAUGCAUAUGUUGGCACGGAACUGUCAGUGGAUCAGCUAUCUUACACUAGCCAUCCAGCAUACACCUCCAGUGACCACAAGCCAGUUUCAUCCACUUUUGUCAUUCGGGUGAGGCAUGGUUUUGACAAUUGCAUGACUUACUCCUGCACCUUUUGA